CUCUGUUUAGAUCUCACUCAUGCUUACACGUUAUAGUCAGGUGAAAGGUACAUCCGAUGGAAAGGUGUUUUCUUUUAUUUGGACAUAGGGAUAUGUGUUCUAAACCUCAACGCUGUUGACAGCUGAAGGUAACCUAAUUUAAAAACCGGGAAAAAUAAGUACACCCGCUUGUGUCAACUGUUUGCUGAAAUAUCUUAAUGUAGCUGUUUCUUGUAACUGUCUAUCAGUGUCACACAUUGACCGGUUGGUAUUUUGGCUAAUUUUCUUCACAGUACUGCUUCAACUGUGUCAUAUUCAAGAACUGUAUUGCAUAGACAGCCCCCAUUUAGUCUUCCCACAGCAUGUCGAUAGAAUUGAAAUCUUGGCUUUUACUCUGCCAUUCCAUUAGCCUCCAUUUCCUUUUAAGACAUUCUGUUGUAUCCUUGUGCGGUUUGGGUCAUUGUCCUGUUGUAAGAUUUGGUUCGGCUAUGGCCUUUAGACAGAUGGCUCCACAUUCCCCUCUAGAAUUCUCUAGUACUAUAUGGAAGUCAUGGUUUACUUAAUAACAGGAACUUAGCCAGAGCCUGUGGCAGCAAAGCAGCCCCACACCUUAAUACCACCUCCUCCAUGCUUUAUGACUGGAAUGAGGUACUUCUGUUUAAAGGCUGUUGAGUUUUCACUCAACUUGGCAUCUGACAGUGCGGCCAAAAAAUUCCAGCUUUGACUCAUCUGUCCGCAUAUUGUCCCAGUCGUUUUGGACUUUACCCAGGUGAUGGCAAAUGUCAGACAAGUCUGUUUUUUGUUUUCUGUCCUCCCAUUUUAGGCCAAGUUUGUGCAGUCUCUCUCUCUCUGAUAGUGGAAUGGUCUUGAAAAUUCAUUUUAUCAAGAGAAGUCUGUAGAUUACCCUGUGGUGCUUUGACACUUCUUUGAGCAACUUUCAGUCAGCUCUUGGCCUACAUUUGGUGGUAUGGCCUGUCUUAUAUAGAUUGCCAGUGGUCUGGAAUUUUCUCCCAUUGUAGAUUAUGUCAAUUCAAUGGAAUGAUUUACUUUGAAUUGCUUGGAAAUAACUUUGUAAACCCUUCCAGGCGCAUGGGACUCGAAUAGGUCUAUUGGCAUGAUUUGUUACCGCACACCCAUAAGGUUAAGACCAAAUCAGACCAAGUUUCUAUCAUUUAUGGAAGGCAGGAUCCUCCCAAGUUAAUCUCUCUUGAUUUUUUUUUAUCAUUUGCACCUGUAUUGAAUACUCCAGAACAGAGGAUUGUAAUACAAGCACAGAGCAAAAUGGUUUAUUAGGAAACAGUUCAACAGGAAAAAACUCAGGACAAAAACAGGUAAUCCGGUAGAACGACAACAAGACCGAUCAGAAGACUAGAAGGGAAUUCCAGAGGCCUUGCAGGAGGUUCGGAACACCAGGUAUCAAGUAGAAGGCCAAAGGUACAGAGAGGCAGGCUAAACAGGGAAUCCAAGGCUGGCAUGGUGGUCAGAACGGCUAAUAGGGCAGAAGUACAGGCACGGAUUAGACGAGAACAGGAGAACCAAAACAAACAGGCAGAGAAUCGAGAAAUGGUCAUCAAAGUCAAUGGCCUUGACGGAUGUGAUGCACCAGAGUGUGUUUGAACUGAUCCACGCUGAGGACCAGCAGGAGUUCAGGAGGAACCUUCACUGGGCUCUUAACCCCCCGGCCAUGCCGCAGCCGGCAGAGCCCCCCCCGGAUGGAGAGCCAGUGCCCAGCUCCUCUCUGGUGACCUACAACCCAGACCAUCUGCCUCCUGAGAACUCCUCCUUCCUGGAGAGGAGCUUCGUCUGUCGCUUCCGCUGUCUGCUGGACAACUCGUCAGGCUUCCUGGCGUUGACCCUCCAGGGCCGGCUGAAAUUCCUGCACGGUCAGAACCGCAGGCUGGAUGAUGGCUGCAACGUGCCUCCUCAGCUGGCUCUAUUUGCCAUCGCCACGCCCCUCCAGCCCCCCUCCAUCCUGGAGAUCAGGACCAAGAACAUGAUCUUUAGGACCAAACACAAGCUGGACUUCACCCCCAUGGCCUGCGACGCCAAGGGAAAGAUCGUUCUGGGCUACACAGAGGCCGAGCUACGUGUCCGAGGUUCCGGCUACCAGUUCAUCCACGCAGCCGAUAUGCUCUACUGUGCCGAGAACCACGUUCGCAUGAUCAAGACGGGAGAGAGCGGCCUGACGGUGUUCAGACUGCUCACUAAGGAGAACCGCUGGAAGUGGGUCCAAGCCAACGCCAGGCUGGUGUACAAGAACGGCAAGCCUGACUACAUUAUCGCCACCCAGAGGCCCCUGGUGGAGGAAGAGGGAGGAGAGCACCUGCGGAAGCGUUCCAUGCACCUGCCCUUCACCUACGCCACGGGGGAGGCCCUGCUCUACCAGACCAGCUACCCCAUCCACGGCCUCACCGACACGCUCCAGCCCAAAGGCAAGACCCGGUCCAAGAAGGGCAAGCUGGACAAGAACUCCACCAAGGAGAGUGGCGGUCUGGACCCCAGUUCCCUGCUGGGGGCGCUGAUGAGGCAGGAUGAAUCCGUGUAUGUGUGCCAGCCGGCCGUGGAGCCCAAGAUGUCGUUCCACAGCAGUCUUUUCAGCGACCGUGGCGAUGGGGCGGGGGACGGCGCCGGGGGGUAUAGCGGUGGCCCGCUAGGCGGGGAUGGGGGAGGUGAUAUUCACGGAGGGUUUAGCGGUGGCCCGCUAGGCGGAGAUGGAGGAGGGAGCUGGAGCGCCAUGCCCAAUGGAGUCAUCGCCAACACAGCAGGCCCCAUGGGCCACCCUCUGUCCAGCUUUGACCCGCUCCUUACCACACUUGAUUGCUUAUCUUUGGAGGGGGAUGAGACCUGCUCUAACAGCGAGCUGUUCUCUGCUCUGGAGAACCUGGGUCUGAACGCGGAGGACCUAGAGCUUCUGUUACUGGACGAGAGAAUGAUCGGGGUGGAGAUGGACCCGGACUACAUCCCCUCACUCAACGACCUCCUCACCAACAACGAGAUCCUCUCCUACAUUCACGACUCGCUGGAGAACCGGACCGAGGAGGGCCAGGUUGGUGACGGCCACGCGUCCACCCCACGAGCCCCAGCCUUGACAUCCGUCCCCGCCUCAACCCCGACCCAGUGCCCUGACCCUCUCCCUGGCACCGGCCUAAUCCCAGACCCCUCUCCCCACCGCCAGGCUGCGUUCGCGGCGCCUACCUCCAGCCCAACCCCCGACCACCCGACGACCGCUUCGCCGGCCCCCCGGGCCACGUCGCCCAAUCGGCUGUCCUCUCACCGACCACCGAAGCAAGCCCCCAUAGUGCAACUCUCCCAGCAGAUGCAGCAGCACCUCGGCUCAGUGAAGCCGGUUCUCACGAAAUACCCUUGGCCCCCGACGACAGCUGACGCUCCCAAGCCAAGCCAGCCCGACGCUGUGCUGCGGACCGAAUCCCUGAGCGCGGCUCACAACGGACACCGGGUAGCCCAGCGGCAGCCGGACGAGCUCAACCGCCAGCCUCAGGCCCUGGUCGACGGGGAGACAUCCCCGUGGCAACCCCAGCGCCGCGACAACAUCCCUGGCCCGAGCCGGCACCAGAGGCAGCUCCCGCGGGUCCAGUGCCACGUCAAACAGCAGGCGGACGGCGCAGUCCUCAACGGGGUUCACUUCAACCCCGGUUGCCAGGGUUACAGCUUCAGCCACCAGGUGGGACUUAUAUCCAGAGGGGUUAACGGAGCCUGCUCAAACGGGCACAUGGACGCCAGCUCAGCAACCACGACGGAUGCGGUCACCUGCGUAGAUUACGCAAUGGGUGAUGCGACCAGCGCGGGCGUGGACAUGAAUGGGGUUAAGAUGGGGAGCGUAGGUCUCUACCAGGGACGGGGUGGGUUGACCGCCAACUCGUACCACCCGGAACUACACAAACAGCAGCAGGUCUCGUCCGCUUACUUCCCUAGCACACCGUACUCUCCUUUGGAUCACAUCCUGGGCCUGACACACCCACAGCAUGCCACGCCUUCUCCGGACGCCUACGGCAUAUUCAACAGCCCCGCCAACCAAGAUGCCGCUCGCGGCAAGAUGGAAACCGGCUGCAUCUUCAACAACACCAAUGUGGCCUACACAGGGAGCCGUCUACUGACCAAUGGGGACAGCCAGACAGCCAGCGACGGCCUCCUCAACCCACCAGACGCCCUCCAGUCCCUGGCCACCCUCCCCGACACACAGACUACUGGCUUCUACCUCUGAGAGGAGGAGGAGGAGGGUUUGGCAUAAACAGAGACAAGAGGAGGAAAACAGGAGAAGGAGAAAGAGAGGAGAAGAAUAAUGAAAAACAAGGCUAUGUCUAAUGUAUGUACAACGGACUCAGUACUCUGUGAAAGGGCUCAGGGUCUGCUCAGUAAAACACGAAACACAUCUUGUAGGAAAAGGAAAAAUAAGAUAAGGCGUGGUUGGUUGUGAGAGUUGCAGUUCCGCCACCACUGUGAAUUUCAUUGGUUUCUUUAGUGGGUGUGCAAAAUACAGUUUACAACAAAUGAUUAUAAGAGAGAGUUUAUGCAGAGAGAAAGUAUUUCACCUCUGUCAUAGCUACAGUGCUUCACUACACUCUAGAUUAGGGAAAGUGAAUGUGGAUAUGCAGAAGGAUUAAUGUGGAAUGUCCUAGCAUGGAGAUUAAAAAAUGCUAUGAAGAGACAUGAGUCUGAUUAAAGAUCCCCAAACGAAAUGAACCUUUCAUAUAUUUUCUAGAUGCAUUUUAAGAGAUCAGAAGCAUAAAUAAUUGGCCAAGUAAUGUAUGUCUUUUUAUACAUUUGAAAAAGUAUUUUAAGGCCUGACAUACAUUUGCAAACAUUCUUUUUAAAGAUUUGGCCAAAUCUUUUAUAUUUCAUCUGUUGUAGAUCUUUUUUUCUGUACGAGAAAAAGAAAUCUCUAGACUUAUUGUGAGGCGGAAUGGAAACAUUCUGUUUUAUAUUUUAUGUUUAGUUGUUUCAUUUGCCUGAAGAAAUUAAGAGCAAUUCAUUCUGGCCUAUCAUUUUUGGUUUUACAGCAUUUUCUUAUAGGUUGUCCUCUUAUAGGUUGGUGAGAUGAACUAAGUGAAAGAGAUCCCAUAUUAUGCUCAGUUGGAAUCUAUGAAGAGGGAGAGGAGAUCAGGGGAAGGAAUGACCAUAAUGGUGUUUAUUUUCAUGUUCCAUUUUAGAAUUAAAAAAGUUUACAGUACAAUGAUGUUGUGCAUAGAUUUAAACAGCACUUGAAUCAACUGAAGCAUUUUAUUCUUUUCUUGACUGGCUACAGUGUGAAAUCUCUUACUAAGUUCCAGACUACAGUAGUAGCCUCUGAUGCAGUUUUGGAGUCAAUUCAAUUUGUAUUUCCUCAGGAGUGGAAAUAUAUUAUAUAUUGUUUUUAUUGAAAAUGGAAUUGAGUCCAAACCAAUGGCUGUGUCAUGGUGAAACAAUCUGCAUUCGCGACCCGUUUCUGAGACAGAGACACUUGGAACAGCAGAGGACAUUUGCAGUGGGCCCUGAAAACACACAGUUGUCCAUGCGUUGACUGAGUCCUAGUCAGACUCAACAGCACUGAUACCAAAACCAAAUGAGUGGACACAUCUUCUAAAGAGAUUCUGUAGUUGUCAAUGGAAAGUUUCAUUGUUGAAUGUGUUGUGUACAUUGUAAAGGAGUUUUAAAAAGAUGCUGUUACUUCAUUAUAAAAAGGUGCUGAGAAAGUAACUUUAUUAUUAAUAUCGGUACGGUUAGGUUUUGUAUGCCUUCUAAAUGACACCUUUUUCCCUAUGGACCCUGGGUCAAAAGAUGUGCACUAUAGAUUAUAGGGAAUAGUGGGCCAUUUGGGAGGCAAACUGUGGCAUCAAUGUCACAAACAAAUGCAUUUACAGACUUACAGCCUAUCUUUCUAUUUGUUUAUUUAGGCUUUUUGGUAAACAGAUGUUUCUUCAAUGAAAUAGAUUUAUCUAAAUCAAACAUGAGAUCAAAUAUAUGUAAAAACAAAAAAGCCAGUUGACAAUCAAUUAAGAAAAAAUACAGCUUUAAAAUAAUGCUUGUCUAAAUAGUUAGAGGUGAUUUCUGUUUUUUUUUUUUACAUUUGUUGCAAGCACUACUUUAAAAGCACUGCUCCUUAAAAGCUAUUUUUCUCUAGCACAAAAGGUAGGCUUGUAGACAGUAAUUUUGGACUAAAUAUUGUAUGACUGUUGUCCCUACAGUUCUGUGUUUUAUUUCAGUCUUGUGUGGAUGAUGUUUUGUCACUUAAACUCAAAAGAAUAUGGUGCCAUACUAGUGAUAAACUUUUGUUAUUGUAAAAUCUUUUUUUAUCACUUUGAAUUUAUUUUGAUAUUCUAACACACGGAAAGUUAUGGUAGAUGUAACAAAACAAUGCAGUUCAAAUGUAUUAUUGGAUCCUGGAAAUAAAGGAUUUGUGC